AUGCAUUUAUUUAUAUUUAUGCGCAUGUAUAUUUAUUUAUGUGCACGUACGAAAUGGAAAGGAGGAAGAAAAGUGAAUAAAGGAAAUUGGCGUGUGUUUGUUUGUUUGUUUGUUUUUGUAUGUAUGUGUGAAGAUAGAGAAGGAAAGGAAAAGGAAAAGGAAAAGGAAAAGGAAAGGAAAGGAGGAUAA